GAGAAACUCAGACUUCCUAUCCGCGGUUCUCUCUCCGUCAGUUCGCUCCAGGCUCGCGGCUCUGUCGGAAGGAUGCGCGCGCUCCCGGUGCUCUUCUCCGUAGCUGCUCUCCUCCUGCACUCCUCUCCGGGGCUGCUCGGGGAGAUGCAGCUGAAUGCGCCACUGUGCAAGUCAGGAUUUUCACAAAGCCUUUAUUCCCUGCGCCUCUCGAGGGAUCUAGUGCACGGCCGAAGUGUGCUCAAAGACACCAUGCUGUCAUCAGGAGCAGUUCAUUUUGAUGACUGUUCAGGGAACGCAGCUGUACAGAUGGACAGCAGUGAUCCCCGCUUCAGAAUCGAGUCAGACGGAUCCGUGUACACACAGAGAGACAUGUUCACUCUGAACACACCGAUAACAUUCACAGUGACGGCUCACACCACAGACGACACACACACCUGGGAGACGACCAUCCAACUGGAGCUGGAGGAAAUGACAGGUUAUUACAUGGCACGAGGACAAGAGGACACCGGGACUCAGGAAGUUGUCAUCAGGUUUCCUCCAAGACAGAACUCCAGCGAAUUGCUGCGGCAGAAGCGAGACUGGGUCAUUCCACCAAUCAACGUCCCGGAGAACUCCCGAGGUCCCUUUCCACAGAUGCUCGUCAGUAUCCGUUCAGAUAAAGAUCGCUCCAUUAACAUCAGAUAUAGCAUCACCGGCGUGGGAGCGGAUCAGCCACCUAAUGAAGUGUUCAACAUCGAUCCAGAGAAAGGCAAGAUGUAUGUCACCAAGCCUCUAGACAGAGAGGAACGCUCUUCCUACCACCUUCGUGCUCAUGCGGUUGAUAUGAACGGGAAUCAGGUGGAACAGCCAGUGGACCUCUACAUCUUCGUCAUCGACAUGAAUGACAACCGGCCCGAGUUCAAGAACCAGAUCUACAAUGGUUCUGUGUUGGAAGGAUCCAAACCAGGUACGACAGUUAUGACGGUAACAGCGCACGAUGCUGAUGACAUCACCACCUCUAAUGGCAUGGUGCAUUACCGGAUUCUCCAGCAGACCCCGCACAUCCCAAUCCCAAACAUGUUCACUAUUAACAGAGAGACAGGAGAUAUUGUCACUGUCGCAGCUGGACUCGACAGAGAGAGAGUUCCUCAGUACACAGUGAUCGUCGAGGCGACAGAUAUGGAGGGGAAUCUGAACUUCGGUUUGUCAAGCACUGCCACAGCGCUAAUCGCCAUCACCGACGUCAACGACAACCCACCUGAACUCACACAGAGCACGUUCUCCGGGGAGGUGAUGGAGAACAGUGUGAAUGUGGUGGUAGCGAACCUCUCCGUGGUUGAUAAGGACGAGCCUCGAACGCCCAACUGGAACGCCGUGUACCGUGUAGUCGGUGGCGACAACGGACGCCACUUCACCAUCCGGACAAAUCCGGAGAACAACGAUGGCAUGCUCACUGUGGUGAAGCCGGUAGACUUUGAGAUGAAUCGAGCAUUCAUGUUAACAGUAGUCGUCACUAAUCAGGCUCCUCUGGCUGACGGGAUCCAGUCAUCUCUCCAGUACACAGCCGGUGUCACCGUCUCCGUAAGGGAUGUCAAUGAGGCACCUGUUUUCCCAGAGAACCCCAAAAUGGUGCGAUUUGAAGAGGGCAUGGCGGCUGGCACCAUCAUUACCACGCUCACUGCCCGAGACCCAGACACGUUCAUGCAGCAGAGCAUUCGGUAUCUGAAGCUGUCGGAUCCUGCUAACUGGCUCUCCAUCAACGGAACAAAUGGUCAGAUUACCACAGUGGCUGUGCUGGAUCGAGAAUCCAUCUAUGUCAAGAAGAAUAUCUACGAGGCCACGUUCCUCGCUGCUGACAAUGGCUCUCCUCCUGCCAGUAGCACAGGAACCCUGCAGAUAUUUCUUAUAGACGUGAAUGAUAACGCUCCAUCCCUCGUUCCUAAUGAUGCUCAGAUCUGCGAAAGAUCCAACAUGAACUCAAUCAACAUCACAGCUGUGGAUGCAGACACAGAUCCCAACAUUGGUCCUUUCGUCUUCGAGCUGCCUCUUCACCCAUCCAUCAUCCGCCGCAACUGGACCAUCUCCCGAAUCAAUGGAGACUAUGCCCGUCUGAGCCUAAGGAUCCAGUUCCUGGAGUCAGGUGUUUAUGAAGUUCCCAUUUCUGUAUCAGACUCAGGAAACCCACCAAUCUCCAAUCGUUCAGUCAUUAAGGUGAAGGUGUGCCCAUGUGAUGAACAUGGCGACUGCACUGCGCUUGGUGCCGUAGCAGCAGCAGGCCUGGGCACCGGCGCCAUCAUUGCCAUCCUUAUCUGCAUCAUCAUCCUUCUUAGCAUGGUUCUGCUCUUUGUGGUGUGGAUGAAGAGGAAAGAGAAGGAAAGGCAGACAAAACAGCUGCUGAUUGACCCUGAGGAUGAUGUCAGAGACAACAUCCUCAAAUAUGAUGAGGAAGGAGGAGGAGAGGAGGACCAGGACUAUGACCUGAGUCAGCUGCAGCAGCCCGACUCCCUGGAGCACAUCAUGGGUAAACCCCCAGGGGUCCGACGGGUGGACGAGAGGCCUGUGGUGCCAGAGUCUCAGUACCCACUACGGCCCAUGGUGCCCCACCCUGGGGAUAUUGGAGAUUUCAUCAAUGAGGGUCUGAGAGCAGCGGAUAAUGACCCGACAGCCCCACCAUACGAUUCACUGCUAGUAUUUGAUUAUGAGGGCAGCGGAUCCACAGCCGGGUCAGUCAGCUCACUCAACACCUCCAGCAGCGGAGAGCAAGACUACGACUACCUCAACGACUGGGGACCGCGUUUCAAAAAACUCGCCGACAUGUAUGGGGGUGGAGAUGACUAGAACGGAAAGGGGCAGUCCUUCAAAGGCUCCUCUCACAUCACCUGACCUGCAGCGGCGACCAAUCAUGGGCCUCUCUCUCUCUCUCUCUCUCUCUCUCUCUCUCUCUCUCUCUGAAAAACACACCCACCUACCAAUCACUUGGCCAGCUCCAACUCCAGAGAGAAUUGUACAGAGAGAGACAGCGAUAUAGCAGACCUGCUUUUUCCUUUAAUUAUGUUUCUAUCAGUUUCUUGUUUUUUGUUUUGUUUUGUUUAUUAGUAGUCGAGCUGUAUUCAUGCUUUGUGCUUUUUUUUUUUGAAGGAUCCUGUGUUUUGGUUGAUGCAACCGUCUGCAGGCAAACAAACACUUCCUGCUAUUAUUAAGACAGCGCAUAAAAAAGAGAAAAAAAACGAGUAAAAAAAAAGGGGCAAGGUAGGCAUUCUACUCUUAAAAAUGGUCUAAACAAGCCAUUCUUUUUCUUUCUCUGAACUUGAAUUUUUUGGAGAAGAGGAGCACUGUCGCCGUUGUCGUCGUUGUCGUUAUCGUUGUUUAAGAAGUGCCUUUAGUGGUGCGUAGUUCUUGGAUUUUUCUCAGGAUUGGUCUUCUGUCCAGACCUACACCUGACAUCAACACACACUUCUACAGCUGACUGGCUGUGUUCCAGUUCCUCAUAAUUCUCCUGCAAGAACAUUGAGGCUUUUGGUUUGUAGCUCCAUGAAAGGAAGCUUAUAUACAUUAAAUGAUGUGUGUCAGGUUUGCGUCACUGAAUAGUGUUUGAAUUUCGACAAAAUAAACUAGACUGCACAGUUGAGGAGAUGGUUACAGAGAGCUUGGCAGAAACAUGAUAACCAUUCAAACCAUGAGGUUAAUCAGGAUCAGGUCCAAAUUUGGUACCGAUAAUUGCUUAUAUGAUAUAUUUUACCGUGAAUUUUUUAUCGUGAUUUUAAAUUCUCACUACCCUCGAAGAGUUUGUCUGGGUAGGCAUCAGUUUUCGGCAGCAUUUGUGCUCCUGAUCUAAAGAUUGUCCCAUUCAGAAAGAAAGCAGCAUAUGGACAGCUUUUAAGGUUCUUCUGAGGUUUCUUCUUGUUUGGACAGGUUAAAACGCAGAAUUGCAUGUGGAAGCAAAUCUCAGAGAAGGCAAGAACAUUGGAGAAGUGUCUUUUGAAAAUGCUGCCUAGUGAGAACAGUGAAAGGUAAACAUGUUCUUAUGGCAUUAAUUUGUAAACCAUUAUUGCUGUUAUUGUGCUAUGAAAAUGCAAUGCCUUGAAACGCUCGGGUUAGGGUUUCAUUUCCGUGUUUGCUCUUCAUUGAGACCCUGUCCACAGGUAUAAUUGUUUUGGGCUCAUGCUCAUCAUAACAAUAUUUUGAAUCCAUGAAAACAAAGCUCUCAAAUAGAUUUUCCAUUUCCGUGUUGAUGGAGAUAUUUUCGAAAACUCUGGUCAUGUGAAUCAGGAAAUAUUUUGAAAAUUCGGGGUAAAAACCGAGUCUGCAAGAAGCAACAAGCUCUCUAUAGAAUUCAGCUUACUUAUUUAGGCAUCAUAAAUGUAUUACUUAUCUUCAAAACCAUAUAUAUUAAGAAAUUAACGAUGCUAAAAUGCAUGUUUGUCACCAGAAGAUUAAACUAUCGCGCACUGUAAGCCAUGGGCCAAAAGUUCCUGGAUUUCCACUUUCUGAUAAAAAAAGAAGAGGGAGGGUGGGGUUAAAUAGCAUUUGUAAGUGUUCAUUCAUCAUAUCAGCACACUGUGUAUCACUGCACUGUUGAGUAGUUUAUUCAUAGACACAUUUAUCACCACAUCAUUUGGGCAUUUGAAGAAAGCGUUCACUCGUUCAUGAAGACUCUCCAUCUUUUGAACGUACUGAGGAAGUAUUCACAAUAAAAUAUUCUGUAUAGAUAAUCAGUGUAGUUUGAUGUUUCAUGUUUCACACUAUGCUGGUGUUCAAAAUAUGCUCAAGCUCCCAUCAGGGGCACGAAAGGAUGAAUCGAGUCCAGAAAGAUCUUCAUCAUGUAAGAAGCUUGAUAACAGCUUCCUUUAAUAUCAGUCGUGUUUACAUUAAAAGAAACGUGUUUGGAGUUUAAUGAUUAGUCACAAUUGGUGGCAUAAAACACAAUCCGAAACCAGUAUCAAAACAAGUGUUGUCAGGCAAAACAAACCUCGCCCGGCAGCACUUAUUUUAUACCUAUAUGUUGAUAAUGGUAAUAUUUCUCAAUCAUCAGCUGUCAGGUUAUAGUCCUAUGAAAAUCCAUGACCUUGAGUUUGACAUUUCAAAGUCAUUCAAGGUCAAAAGUCAUGGUGGCGACUGAAAGCCCAUGUGAGACUUCUUAUACGUUGAUAAUGGUGAACAUCUGGCUAUCAUGAACCAUUUUAAAGUUAUAGGUCUUUGAAAACCCAUGACCUUCAGUUUGACCUUUCAAGGUCAAAGAUCAUGGUGCCAAAUGAUAGCCCAUAUGGCACUUCCUAUAGAGAUCUUGCAUGUGACGUCACAGCCGAUCCAGAUUGUGACAGACGCCAUCUUGUAGGUCAAACGCCAUAUUCCGCCUUCUACUUCUGCUUUUACUUCUACCUUUUCUUCUGGAAAACCCUACUAUAUACAAUUCUACUACAACGGCUGCGGCUACAAGCUCUCCCUACCUGUGCACGUUUUUUAUGUUUUUUGUGUGUAUUUUUGCGUGUUGUUCGUCUGUACCGGACUUCAAUAUCCACUACAACCGUAUGGACUUACUGGACAUUGGUUUCCAGCAGAAAAUGACGGUUUGUAGCGAUUUCCAUCGCAUGCACAACAUUCCGGACGAGAAAAAAAAAAAACAUUCCGGACGAGAUUGCGAGACCAGCGGGGUCUCCGUGGAUUGUUAUCGGAAGCAAAGCGAAGGAGGCGGCGCCGGAGCGGAAGCAAAAGCGAGGCUGCAGAGCCGGCCUGUUGACUAAGCUCAGAAAACAGCCACUCAAAUCUCCACUGCCAAGCCUCUACCUCUCCAACGCCAGAUCCAUGUAAACAACACGGACGAUUUGGAAUUACAGCUGGAAUUACCUUAUUCUAUUCUAUAAUCGGCUGGUCAGUGCUAUACUCAAUACUUACUUACCCAUCCAGUGAGGAUCAUUUUCUUGUUUACAAGAUGCCACAUCUGAGUCGCUGACAAAUCCUGAAUUUCUGUAAAGAUAACUGUGCAGAGAUUUAUAAGCACACAGUGCUUCACCACUGAACAGCGAGGGAAAGUUGAUGAGGUAAUUAUACACGUCCGGGUAUUCCGCUGGCAGUUCAAAAUCCGGUCGUGAAAACUCCGUCCGGAAAGCCAUAAGGGUCACAAAUCUGUAGAUCGUUUAUUUUAGACAUAUAUCUAGUUAUCUGUUCAUUAGAAAAAUGAGCCGUGUAGUCCGUCGGUUGAAAUUGAUCCAUUCUGUACAUGAGUGCAGCAGUAUUCAGCGGUGUUUUUGACCGACAUGAUGGCGGUUGUGUACUUUCCGGUCAUGUGACUGCAAGAUCUCUAUAAGUUGAUCAUGGUAAAUAUCUGUCUACCAUCAACUGUUUUCAAGUUACAGCCCUCUGAAAAUCUGUGACCUUGAGUUUGACAUUUCAGGGUCACUCAAGGUCAAAGAUCAUGGUACCAAAUGAAAGGCCAUAUGGGAGUUCCUAUCUGCUCAUAAUAGUAAACAUUUGUCUAUCAGCAACCGUUUUUGAGUUAUAAUGGAAAAUGUUAUUUUGACCUUUCCAGUGACCUUGACCUUCACCUUGACCCUGAAAAUUCAAAGUUACUUGGUGCAACAGUCUAGACGCUAGAUUGUUAACAGACAGACACACAAACAAGCAAACAAACCGCACUGAUUACAAAACUUCGCCCCGCUUACUCCAUUGCGGGCGAGGUAAUGAAUGGCUCAUAAAAUGUCCUGAUUAGAUUGUUUGUUUGUUUGUUUGUUUGUUUGUUUGUUUUGUUUUUCAUAUAAUUCUUCUCAAAGCCUGUUGCAGUUUUUGGUUCACAGGAAAUGACUCAUAGAUUUCAAACAAAGCAGCAUCCUGAGGGCAAGUUUAAAGAAAGGUCUGGGUCACAUUAUAACAUAAAAUCCAAUUAUCUUGGACAGUCAUUAUGCAUAAUCCAAACAGGUUUGGAAAAGUAAGGAAUUAGGAAUUAGUAAAAUCCGGUAACUCGUCCUAGAAGCUGGAAGAAUGAUAGGAAUAAACAACGAAACAGGAAUUUGCAGUAUAAAGAGACGGUAAUGGGAAAGCGCGAUAUUGAGAAAAUUAAGAUUCCGGAGCUAAUAUCAAUCAGAUAACGUGAUCAAGAUGGCGCAGUAGUGAGAAAGCCCAAGAAACAGGAAGUAAACAAGGAAGUAGACAACGACACAAAUGGUGUAAAGAGACUGAGGCUGUGUUCACAUGACAUUUUUUUUCUUUUAUAACAAAUGUGACGACCAGAUAUGCAAAAUGUACAUCACUGGAAACACUGUCCAUCUUCGGAGAGCCUGUCCACUUCCUGUUAAUGGAAUUGUACCGAAAUUGGCUGCAGUUCACCUAGAGGGCGCUCUAUAGUGGGAGUGAACAGAGCUGAACAGGCUAAAAUAAUUAUUUACACCUGCUUCUCGAGAAAAAAAGCCUAAAUUUUAUUUUAGGUUUUUUUUUUUCAAAUAUAUUAUUGAUUAUAUAUGAGUGAUUCCACG